AUGGCACUUUGGAAAUGUAUCACUCUGCUGUGUCCAUUUCUUAUUUUCGCCCAAAUUUGUUCAAUGCCAACAAAAUGCAUCACGCGACGGGAGCUCGUGAAAACAACUCGCAGACUUCUUGAGAAUAUGGGAGGUCUUUUUCCUCGUGAAUGCUUGAAAGAAAACGUCGAAAUAACCUUCCCGACAUCUGCACUGCAAUCAAAUGACUCCAAUCAGAACACUGGUGUAGCAAAGGCAACGUAUAAAAUCAUGGAGCACAUUGACUACCUGUUUGCUAACGAUAGUCACCCAGAAUCCUGGAACCAGAAGAAAGUGGAGGAUUUCCAAAACAUAGUUUAUCGUUUUACUGACGAGUACACAUGUAUUAUGAGGAGAAAGCAGCGACACGUGGAUGAUUUUCCCACAAGAGAAGGUACACUGAAAACCUACUUUGAUAAACUGGCCACUCUCCUCAGAAACAAGGACUACAGUGUCUGCGCGUGGGAGGUGGUUCGAAAGGAGCUCCUGCGUGUUCUUAAAUUUACUCUUGAACUUGUAUCAUUCACUUAA